GGUAGUUUACGUACCCGGGGGAUUGCGACAAUUUGUACUUUAGCAUUUGAACGCAGGGUUACAAAAGAAAUAAGGGUCGUAGUGUGGAGUGGGGCUGGCGGAGAGUGAGGUGAAUGUGCCGUUUUGAAACCAAAGGACGGUAAACGCUCUCUCUCUCCCGAAACGAGACUCUCCCGCGGGCCCGGCGGCUGCCGCUGGACGGUCCGGAGAGAACAUGGCGGCGCCCGGAAUUCGGGGCUGCAGCCUCUCGGGCCUGCUCCCGGCUCAGACCCCGCUAGAGUACGCUCUACUCGACGCCGUCACCCAGGAGGAGAAGGACAGCCUGGUCUACCAGUAUCUGCAGAAGGUGGACGGCUGGGAGCAGGACUUGUUAGUGCCCGAGUUUCCGGAAGGAUUAGAAUGGUUGAACACAGAAGAACCUAUUUCUGUCUACAAGGAUCUGUCUGGAAAAGUGGUCGUCCUUGAUUUCUUCACCUACUGCUGCAUAAACUGUAUUCACCUGUUGCCUGAUCUUCAUGCAUUAGAGCACACAUACUCGGAUAAAGAUGGCCUUCUGGUUGUUGGUGUUCACUCGGCUAAGUUUCCAAAUGAAAAAGUCCUGGAUAGCAUUAAGAGUGCUGUUCUUCGAUACAACAUCACCCACCCUGUGGUUAAUGAUGCAGAUGCCAGCCUCUGGCAAGAACUGGAAGUUUCCUGCUGGCCGACUCUCGUCAUACUUGGACCCCGUGGAAACAUGUUGUUUUCUUUGAUUGGAGAGGGACACAAGGAUAAAUUAUUUUUGUAUACUUCAAUAGCUUUAAAGUAUUAUAAAGACAGGGGACAGAUCAGAGAUAAUAAAAUUGGAAUAAAACUCUAUAAAGAUUCUUUGCCACCUUCACCAUUGUUAUUUCCUGGCAAAGUAACAGUAGACCAUGUUACUAAUAGAUUGGUGAUAGCAGACACUGGACAUCAUAGAAUUUUGGUUGUCUGGAAGAAUGGAAAAAUUCAGUACAGCAUUGGAGGACCCAACCCUGGAAGAAAAGAUGGAAUAUUUUCAGAGUCGACUUUUAAUUCACCGCAGGGUGUAGCCAUAAUGAAUAAUAUCAUAUACGUGGCAGAUACAGAAAACCACCUUAUAAGAAAGAUUGACCUGGAAGCUGAGAUGGUGAGCACCGUAGCUGGCAUUGGAAUUCAAGGUACAGAUAAAGAAGGUGGAGCUGAAGGAGAACGACAGCCCAUUAGUUCCCCUUGGGAUGUGGUUUUUGGAACAUCAGGUUCAGAGGUCCAACGAGAUGACGUUCUGUGGAUAGCCAUGGCAGGGACUCAUCAGAUAUGGGCACUCCUGUUGGACUCUGGCAGACUACCAAAGAAAAAUGAGUUAAAAAAAGGAACCUGCCUUCGGUUUGCUGGAAGUGGAAAUGAAGAGAAUCGAAAUAAUGCAUAUCCUCACAAGGCAGGUUUUGCCCAACCUUCAGGUCUUUCUCUGGCCUCGGAAGAUCCCUGGAGCUGCCUGUUUGUAGCAGACAGUGAGAGCAGUACGGUGAGAACCGUCUCCCUGAAGGAUGGCGCCGUGAAGCACCUCGUAGGAGGAGAGAGAGAUCCCAUGAACUUAUUUGCUUUUGGUGAUGUUGAUGGAGUAGGAAUCAAUGCAAAGCUUCAGCACCCACUUGGAGUAACUUGGGACAAGAAAAGGAAUUUACUGUACGUGGCAGACUCUUAUAAUCACAAGAUUAAAGUUGUGGAUCCAAAAACAAAAAACUGUACAACAUUGGCCGGAACUGGAGAUGCAAGUAACGUUAUCAGUUCCAGUUUUACUGAGUCAACGUUUAAUGAACCAGGAGGCCUGUGUGUUGGAGAGAAUGGUCAGUUACUAUACGUAGCAGACACCAAUAAUCAUCAAAUUAAAGUGAUGGAUUUAGAAACAAAAAUUAUUUCUGUGCUCCCAGUCUUCAGAUCUGAAAAUGCUGUGGUAGAUGGUUCAUUCCUAGAAGAUAAACAGAAGACAUUACCCAGACUACCUAAAUCUGCUCCACACGUUCAACUCUCCCCAGUGGCUGCGUCUCCAGGACAGACUCUUCAGUUCAAGCUAAGAUUAGACCUCCCAUCAGGAGCAAAACUAACUGAAGGAGUACCCAGUUGCUGGUUUCUAACAGCUGAAGGCAAUGAAUGGCUUCUUCAAGGACAGAUACCAUUUGGAGAAAUAGAGAGCAUUUCCAAUCAACCAACAAUCUCACUACAGAUUCCUGGAGAUUGUGUAUCUCUUGAAGCCGUUAUAUCUGUCACCGUGUUUCUUUAUUACUGUAGCGCAGACAGCAGUGCCUGUAUGAUGAAGGGAAUUUUGUUCAGUCAGCCUUUACGAGUAACCGAUACACAGCAAGGUUGCAGAGCUCCCGUAGAGCUCAAAUAUGUAUUUUAGCAAGCAGUCUAGCAACUCAGUCGCCACAGCCGCCUGUUCUCCAUCCUUACCAUCGCUGUAACUUAUGAAAAGAAACUUCAUUUCUGCCUCUGGAUUCUAAGAAAAUCAUUGCUGAGUUCUAGUGACUGAUAUUAAAGUAAAACUAUGCUCCUUAUUUAUUUAUUAUAGACAAAUUCCUUCAUUCUGGCUGUGUACCAGCUAAGUCAUUGACCAUUAUUUGAACCAUGAUUUUGUAAUCUAUGCUGCUAUUUGGCACAAGACGUUAAGUCCACACUAUAGUAUAGAAUAUUAUCAUGAAAUAAUUUGCAGUGAAUACUGAUAACAAUAAUGAUACCAAAUAUUUUAACUAACUUUUUCUACCUUUGUUAAUUGUGAGCAGCACAUUUGAAUGUGUAAAUUUCACAAUAACCUUAAACAGAACCUAAGAUCCAGUCCACAUGUUGGUAUAAGGACACCUGCCAUUCAAGGCAUAAGGUCUGUUUUAAGCCAAGAAAAAGAAGUCUUCAUCACAGUAUAAGUUUAAAAGAGUACCUAGGUGGUAAAUAUGUUCGUUGUUCUCUUCUGCAAUUUUCUCAGUUGAGAUAUAUUUAAAAGAGAAUUUCAGUCUAUUUUUAUUACAAAUUAUUUACUAUUUUAACAUACCAUUAUUAAUGCCUUAUAACUCUGUAUAGAAAAAGUUAGAGUCUCUCAGGACAUACAUACUCACUUCUUUGACUUUUUUCUGAAUGAACACAGUCUUACCAGAUGAUGAAUGAGUCCCCAGAAAUAUUAUGACUUUCAAGGAGAAAGGGACUGAGGGAAACAUUACUGUCUGUGAUACUAUUUAACAAUAAAGAAUUAAUUGUGACAGCUGAAUCUGAUGUAAAUGGAUAUGUAUGUUGUUUUAGAAAUUUACAUUUCACCUGUAAGAAUUAAAUGCAGAUUCGUUGGGUUUUGGUUUUUUUUGGUUCCCAUAUUCAGAAUUUAAAUCAUGAUCAUUUAUUGUGAUGUUUUUGAAAGUCAUUUUUAAGCCUUCAAAGUGAAAAUUUCAAUGUGAAGCACUUUCAUGGCGUUAAUAUGUAUAGUAUAUCCUAAUAUAUUGCUCUUUAAAUAUUAAGGCUGAAAUAUACAGUGACUUGAUGACACUGUUUCGGGGGGUUUUUUAAAACUCCAAAAGAAAUAGCUACUAGAAGAUAUUGAAAGUUUUUUUAUCAUAAGUUUUCUUUAUAACUAUUUAAAAGCCUAUUCUUGAUUUUACUAAAACUGAUUCAACGUUUGUGAUUUAAUCAGCUUACAAGGUUUUAAAAACAUCAAGUGAGUCAUAUUUAUUGAAUAAAUAUUUAUAGACGAUACACCAUAAGAUGCCUUCCCCUCCUUCAAAAACAAUGCUAAAUUUGAAGUGUAAUCUUUUAAGCAUCAUCAUCUGCCCAUUUCUUGAUAUUUUUUUGAAAUAUAGUUUUGAACAUACUAUUUGCUUCUUUUAUUCAGGUUCCCUAAGUCUCUGAAGUAGGGAAAUGCAUUGAUCAUGACUUUCAUUUAAUUUGUAACCUGCUAAAGCUAUUUUUAGAGAGAAGUAUAAAUGUCACGUUAAAAG